GUACAAGUCAAGUCACACGGUAAUCCAUUUUGUUAAUCGAGAAAGUGAAAUCCCAUCGAUUUCUUCGAUAUGCCCUUGCCCCUUUAUCAAUUUAUCAAUUCCUUCAUAUUACAUCCCACCUUCGAACCUUGAACCAUUUUCAGCUCCUCGUAUACUAUAUCAACGCCAUAGUCGUCAUCAGCUUGAUGAAGCCUCUAUCUUUUUUUCUCUCUCCCUUCAAUCGUUUUCAUUUGUCAUUUGAUUAAGAAAACUUUUUAGAUUAAUUUGAUUGCCCCUCAUCUGGCUCGGUUAGACCAGAUGCUCUCUUUGAAGAGACCAGAGCUCUAUCCGUUCGAGUUCUUAAGUAAAUCUCAUCUGAACACCCACUACGUCGCAUUUGACUCUGGAUCAGCUUUAAGCUCGCGCCGCCGUCGUCGCCACGACCCACUAUCGUCAUCAUGGAUCACAGACCACCAAAUCCGAAUAACAUCUUCGACUUUUCUGCGCCGGCUACAAUGAAUCCGAUGACAGCCGCCGAUCAGAACGACAUGAUGGCGCUUUAUGAAAGUUCCAUGUUCACAAGCUUCGAUACCAUGCCAAUGAAUCUCGAUGGCCUUCACGAUAUGACAGCUGCUCCGCCACAGCCAUUUCCGCCUGUCCCAGUCACUGCGAAUCACCAGGCCGGGCUCAUCCCAAAUGAUGCUACAUCAUUCGCGUCAAAUACGGGUGACAGCCCGGUUCCGCCGCCGCCGACGGGACUGACGCCGAGUUUCGCUGUCCCCGCACAGCCUACUGCUGCUGUACAGGGAGGGAGCACUCUGACUGAGUUCACCAAGAGGAGAAAUUGGCCUGCGAAGGUCGUCGAGGAGCUUAAAGACUUUUUGCAGAUUUUAGAUGCACAUGGGAGAAUUAAAUAUGCAUCGCCAAGUGUUACACCCUUGACUGGGUAUGAGUCUGAUGAGCUCAUCGACCGAUUUGUCAAAGAUCUAAUCCAUCCAGAUGAUGUUGGGACAUUUACUUCUGAUAUGAACGAAUCUAUAGCUACCGGGAAUCCACUACGUAUGUUCUAUCGUCUAAAGAAGAAAGAUGGAACCUACGCCAUAUUCGAAUCUGUCGGCCAUGCCCAUAUCGCCGCGGCCAAGUUCGCGCCGAACCCAGAGAAUCAAUCUCCUUUCUGUCAGGCAGUCUUUAUGAUGUCGCGGCCAUAUCCGACUAAGAAUGCUUCGUUACUGGAUUCAUUUCUCGAACACAAGAUCGAAAACGAGCGGUUAAGACGCCGAAUUGCAGAGCUUCGAAGAGAGGAGGAGGAGGAGGAAGCGUCACAACAAAGCUGGCUUGCGAGCCAAGAAGGCCGAUCAGAUAUCGCCGCGUCAGAGGAUACUAUGUUGACAUCUUCUCAGAGUCCUGCUGUGUUCACCCAACCUAUAGACUCGCAGGCCAUGCCGCCUCCGGAGAGGCCGAAUCCGCUCAACGUGGCAUUGACAAGGGAGAAUCUCGAAGGUGUUACUGCAGGCAACCGACCCGACUCUAUUCGCGAUAAGAUGGCGAGAUACGAGGGUGCAUCGCACACAGAUACUAUCGAAAUGUUGACCGGUCUAAGAUACGUCGAGGGAGAGCGGAGCCGUGGCAUCACCACCGGCAAUUCUAGCCCAACUCUAAUUAAGGGUGAUGUUGGCAUUGCGAUCCCGAUCGACAGAGACCCCAGGACAGGGGAGAAAAAGAAGAAGCUGAAAGUAGCAGAGGAAUACGUCUGCACUGACUGCGGCACGCUCGACUCUCCCGAGUGGAGAAAAGGACCGUCAGGCCCUAAAACUCUUUGCAACGCUUGCGGUCUCCGCUGGGCUAAGAAGGAGAAGAAGAAGAAUACCAGCGGAGGCCACGCGAGCAAUGCAGGUCCACAUCACAUGGUAGUGGAUCAACACUAAAUUUCUCUACGAUUCUAACGGUUGUCAUACCAAUUUUACUCGGUAUAUAGACAGACCCUAGUGGGGUUAAGGCGUAUAUAGGUAUUUCCUGAGGUAAAUGAUGUGCUUUAUGCUAUGAAACAUUCCAGAUCUAUCGGGCUAGGCAAGGUGUUAGGACUAAAAUACGGUGUCGGGCUUUACGGGUGGGCUUAUACACAUGGCCUACUUUUAUUUCUUCCUUCGAUUCUACGAGAUACCUGGGAAAGGAAUACGGCUUGGCUGGGCUUUUCACGGGGAUAUCUCACAGGCAACAAAAUGGGCGUGGCUCGGGCUUAUUAGAUGGAUGUAUACGAUAUUUCAUGAGGAAGGCAACAAGAAUGAUAACGCGGAUUUUUUUUCUCUCUAUUUUGGUCGACUCGUCUGGCUGAAGGAGGUGUUGUCAAGAGGAUGCGAUUUCCUUACGUAAUACACUUAAUUAGCCCUUAAUGUUUGCUGCUAUUAUAAUGAAGCUUUCGAUUACUUGUUA